AUGAUCCUCCGAAUUUCAAACCGCAUGAACCCCUUUCUGAGGGUUUACGUUUCUGACUAUCAUACCAUACUUAGCUUUCAACUCCUAAUCCUCUGGUUGCACCAGCGGUUAAGUUCCCAGAAUCAGAGAAUGUGCACUUCGUUGCAGUUGCCCGUACUCCGGGCGGUCCCCGCGUUAGAAGCGCUCUACAGUGUCACCUUGCUCUGUGCACCAGUUCUGGAUCAUGCUCAGUACCGGACGUUUCCCUUGGCUCACGCGACGGGAUUGGAAAAAGAAGAUUCCGGAUUUGGGACAUCGUCCGAGAACAAGCCAGCAUUUGUUUCUACGACUACCGAGUACAUCACUGCCAGCGGAAACGCUGCUACACACUGCAUCCAAUGUUGUACCCGUCCCAUUGCUAUAAGAACUAUUGGAGUCGCGCUGAAAAUCAACCAACACCCAAUCCUUCCUUUUCAGCCGCGCCCAUCCCAGAGAUCGCCAGCCAUUUACUAG